AUGGCGACGAGUGCAAAAGUUGUAUUUCCUGUGGUGGUCCUAGCCGUUUGCUGUGUGGCUAUGUCAAGACGAGUAAUGCUUGACUACGAUGACCUCCAGAUGACAAAGGGUGUGCCGGUGAGUUUUCCCAAACUAGCGUCACUCCAAGUUACUAUCCCAGUAAAUUCUCAGGUUGCUCUACAGUACUCUACAGCAAAGACCAAGUACACUGAAAACAAGAGGUGAUGCCGCUACUGAGUAUUGCUCGCGCGUUAACCAGCGUCAUUUUGGCCAGGAAAACGUGAUAGCCGUCGUCAUACCAUUACGAGUUUAAGCGAAAUGUCGUAGUGGCGGAAAUAAGUUCUCGAAUGUUACAAGUUUUAUCAUUUUGCGAUCGGGAGAUGGCUCAACCUCCUUUACAGCAAGGAGCCCAAAAGUGUGACCUCUUUAAUUAACUCACAUUCUUUCGUGCAGACAUUAACCAAUCAGAAGUAGAGGACAGUUUUCAGUUGCCUUCUGAUUGGAUUAAACCUGAACAAAAGAAAAAGAGGUCAGACUUUUGGGCUCCUUGCUGCAAUAAAGAUAACAGUGCUAACUUUUUUGGUGAAUCAAAACUACAAUGAAGCUUUCCGGGGUGUCUGUUUUUUGGGAAUACGUGAAGAAACUUGAAGUUAGAUCUCGUACUCUUAGUCGUUCUAGUCCUCAAAUAUAAAGCUCUCUAAAGAUGAAAACAAUGGAAACCACGCUAAAUACUCUAAACUCUGAAGUACCCUGAAUUGUGCUUUAUCUGUGUAGGGUGCUGUUUUUCAUGUUUUUCAUUUAACAAUUCUUGAUUGACUUAUCUGUUUCAAACCCUCUCUUCCUUUAGGCUUGCGGAGGGCGUUGUAAUUCUACUAGUUUCUGCCAGUGUCAGAAACAUUCGGAAUAUUGCAGAAAAGGCCGCUGUGUUCCAGUUCCUCUCGGCCUCGACUUUAUUUUUCGUAACAUUCCGGUAAGAUCAAUGAUAGUCUGUAAUUGCUUUCUCGAAUUUGCAAAACCUUUUGGAAAUUUAUCGACAAUUUUCACCAGAUAGCCGAUUUUUAAACGUCGCUGAAAUAUUUGUACAGAAAUGAUGCAUCAGGAUUCUCAUCCGAGAGCGGCCAGAUUGUUUUUAUAUGUUAAUGGUUAUGACUUGAAGUUGACCCUUAAGGCAAUAGUGCUUUUUCAUUAACUCAACUUAUCGUUUUUAAAACCUAUUUUAAGUAUGAAAACCCUUCCGGCCUUAAGGAAACGAUAUUUUACCGACAAUGAUGAUAAAUUUCCGCUUUAAUUUGACCAGCGGCUAAUGGGUUGUACUCACUGACUAGCAUGCAAACAGUAGACAAAACGGAUAUUUGAUUUUGGAUAUUGAGUAAGAUAAUUAUGGUGUGGAAAUAGGCUAGGGAAAGUUCAUAAAAUUUUUAAUCAUUUGUGUCCAUAUUUUGCCUUUAUUGUUGGACGUCGAUUUCUUAAUUUUACUUCUUUGAUGACAUAACAUUGUCGGUUAUAAAUAUUGUUAGUUAGUAAUGGCAGUAGGACUGAGUGAACUAUAAUUCAGGGGGCAAUCGGGCGAGUAAUUUCAAAUCGGCCGAGCACGUAGAGUCUCAUGAAUAGUAUUGAGAUAUAUUUUUAAAUGUAAAUACAAGAAUUUCAUUACAUCAUCAGCUUACAGCUUCUAAAGAAAAACAUCGCUUACAACUUUGGGUGAAAUCGGCCGGUGUGCUGAGGUCCGGCGCAUGAACUUUUUAAAAUGUCACAGACGCAUUUUAACAAAAUACGAGAAUCAAAGUAUGCGUCGUCAAUUUCUCUAUUCAAGCUGAAGCUGAACAUCCUGCUCACUCAGUAUAUUUUCCCUGAUUUUGAUUGGUUAUCACUAGCUAUGUAGUUAAAUUUCAUUGGCUAGUAACAUUUACUACUUGAUUUUAAUUGACUGAUAUUUAACUGCUCGAUUUGUCCUGUUCGAUCACAAGCUCCUGUUAAUCGGAGAGGUCAAAUCGGAGUGGAGAUUUUCGUGUUGCAAUAGCAAAAUUAACCAGUAAAUGUGGGCUGUUAAGAACCAAUCAGAUUCGAGUAUUUUGUUAUUGACACAAUUUUUAAUUUAAUUUUUGUUUCUGUAGUGUCCCAGCGUUUACAAAUCCUUCUGUGUAACCGACACUGACUGCCCGUGUAAAACAAAGCGUCUGGUUUGUGAAGAAAAUGAGUGUGUUAAAAGUAAAAUUGCAUAA